UUUUUUAACGCGGACGUACAUUUUCUAUGGACAAGACAAACAAGGCGCGAACUUGAACCGCGCGAGUCCUUGAAGAUGUCGAGCAAGAUUUAUGCAUUGAUUGAGUGGGAGGAUCAAUACCUAAGCAUCAUCUGUGUGGACACUAUAUGCCAGCCCAGAAAGGAGAUUACGGAAUACAAAGCGGGGGAGUACAUAAAGGCCAAAUUUAAAGGCUCCAUAUACAGGGCAAUCAUCGCUGAGAUAAGUCAUGAUAAAAAACAUCUUGAGGACAAAAAGAAAGCUGGGGAGCUUAAUUUUACAUUUAAGGAUGCAUCAGUUGUAGCACCCUGUUCGAGCAAACCCCUUUCACGGCAAUCUUUGCAAUUCACUCCGCAGAGGACUGUUUUAUCAGAUUCAAAGUCUGCGAGACAGUUGUCCCCAGCCACACCAGUGAAUUCUACAGCGUCCUGUUCGAGCAAAUCAGAUCUUCCAAGACCGACUUCGCAGUCAACUUCCAAAAAGACAACUGUUUCAUCAGAUUUGGAUUCAGUUUUACAGUUGUCCCCAGCCACACCAGUAAAUUCUACAGAAGCAUCAUGUCCAAGCAGACCCCUUGCCAGACCCUCAAAUGUACGACAAACUCCAAAGAAGAAAACAAUUUCAUCAGAUUCGGACUCGUCGACACAGUUGCCACCAACCAUACCACUUAAUUCUACAGCAUCCUGUUCGCACGGACCCAUUGUUCCCAGGCACAUGAAUCCACGACAAACUCCAAAAAAGAAAACAUUUUCUUCAGAUUCAGAUUCAGUGACGGGACAGUUACAGCUAGCUUCACCAUUGGAUUCCACAGACACAAUUUCUUCAGAGAGUGACAUUGAAAGUACUGGUAAUGAAUUUCUGUCCAGAAAGUCUUCAAGCAAAUCAAGGGAUAGGGAAAAAUUUGUCCGGUUAUCAAAAGAAGUUGACGAAUUAAAAUCGGAGGUGAAGAAAUUGAGGAGGAGAGUCCGUUCACUUGAAAAGAAAAAAGAAACCGGUGAUCCAUCAAAGAAUUCCACUGAUGAUGAAGUCUUGGACAUUCCACACGCAGGACCAAUUAAUUUAUCAGAGUUGACCAGCUCCUGCAAAAAAUUCAGAAAAGCGCCAGAUGCUGUCGCAUUCUUACUUAAUUCUCUUUUUUCUAAAAAUGAGAUUAAAAACUCUUCCAUUUCUGGCAAAAGAACUAUUAAAUGCAGGCAGGAGGGACCCCGCCCUCCUCUUGACCAGGCUAGAUUCAGGGUUCUGGAGAGAAUUAUUUUUGAAACCUUUCCAGAUUUCACAAGGAAAGACUUGCGUGAAAAAAUUCAGAACUUGCAAAAAGUUGAGAGAAAGCGUCAACUAUGUCGUUAAAUUGAAAAGAAAGGAAUAA